AUGGAUGGUGUAAGGACUGACAAGCUUUCCAGGCCCCACCCGAAUCAACUCAAGUCUCACAGUGCUCGUCGACGACAUGAAGAACUGCAAGUCACCACUCCUGAGACCAUUGCAGAUUCUGCUGAGCGCAAUAACAAUGGUCAGGGUGUCUCAGCUGACCUACCACUCCCUUCCACUGAUGUUUCUCCAACCUUUGAUAGUGGAAAUCUGUCCCGUUUCUUCGAGGCCGGAGUCCUUUCCGCCAAGUGGGAUGGGUUUGAGGAGAAUGGGACAUUCCGAGAUGUGUACAUUGGUACCGAUGUUGCUAAUCUCCACCAUCUUGUGCGAGAUCAUGAGCUCCCAGGAAGUGGCUGCUUGUUCUAUCCUUUUCCCGCGAUUCGGGAUGAGUUGUACUGGAAACCAGCCCAUGCAGCCUCGAUUCACCACUACCUUUCGGUGGAGUCUUUGAACGAUUUGAGCAGUUUUCCCGUCCGCCAUGUCCGGGACGCUUUGGUAGAUACAUACUUCAAGGACAUCCAUCCAGGGUUCCCAAUCCUUGACAAGGCCAAUUUUCGCAAGAGAUAUGAAGACCCUGACAAUCCACCUUCACUCAUAGUCUUCCAAGCGAUGCUUCUUGCAGCAGCUCGCAUCACAAACCAUCCUCAGGUUGCUGCAUGCCGCGAGAUCACGACCGCCGUCUUUUACAAAAGGACCAAGACUCUUUUCGACAUCAGACAUGAGCAUGACCGAGUAGAUCUGAUUCAGGCCGCACUCUUAAUGGCGUGGUACACGGAGAGCUCAGAUACUGUGGCCUCAAAUGCUUACUACUGGGUUGGCAGCGCUGUGCGCAUUGCCUUCGGCAUGGGCCUGCAUCGCUCCGCCUCGCUUCGGUAUGUGCCCCCAAGCAGACGGCGUUUCGACAGAAAGUACAAAAAGAUAUGGUGGACUCUGUUGUACAGUGAAGCCAUGUUAGCACUAGAGUAUGGCCGACCCAGUCAGAUUCGAAUUGAUGAUUUUGACGUGGGAGUUUUAGAAGACGACGACUUCAAGAACAUGGAUGAUUCAGAUGAUGAUAUGGUGAAUGGUCAUUUCUGCUCCAUCUUGGGCGACAUCUCCAUCGUCGCUCUGGAUGUUCUCAGUCUCCGAGCACCACGAGGCAGGCCCAUCCACCCGCCCACACAGACGAUCGAACAUCAAUUGGCCAAUGUUGCGAUGCGUAUACUUCCAAUUCAUGAUGCGUGGUCCUGCCAGCUCCGUCUCAUCUACAAUCUGGUCUCGUUGGCAUUUCAUCGCACCAGAGACGAUGAGGAUGCGGCGAAGCUCUGCUCUGAAGCGGCGUCAAACAUUCUUACGACCUUCGAAGCCAUGGUGGUGCAUGGUACGAUCCGCCAAUGCCAUCUAAGUACCACCACAGCCCUGAUGGCAGCUGCCCUCGAGUUCGCUCGCGAGGCUCGAUCAGCAGCUGCGACACGGUCAAUCAUAAAGGCCAUUUCGGCUCAUGGGCAGCUUCAGAGACUACUGGGUCCAGCAGAAGCCCUUUCGCCAUAUUUUUCGCAUGUUAAAGCUGUCUGUAAAUUGUGCAAGAGUCUGAUUGCGCGUGCUGAGGUUCUCAUUAAAGAAGCCCAGGAACCGAGCUCUACGUUGACAAAUUCUGAUCUCCCACCUGAAACCAAUAUUGACUGGGAAGGGAUCAUGACAAACUAUCGUACGCCAAACCUUGGGUUCGGAAUGGGCAUCGAGGGCGAAGAUUGGUUGUUCGACUUUUCGUGA